UGCCCUUGGACAGCUCGUCCAGGGUCAACGUGCGAUGCAAAACGAUGCGGCAGCAGCCGCUUCACUGCUAACGCAGCCACAACACGCUGUUGCACCCACUUUUCGACCUUUUGAUGCUGCACUGGAAAGCUGGACGGAAUGGUCAGGCCAAUUUGGAUUCCAUCUCGCCGCCUACAGAAUUCAAGUCAAUGAAGCUGUUCUCCAGGACAGGCUGUUAUUCUGAAGUCCAUAAUACCCUGAGGCUGGUCCUUGUGAUUUUUAAUAGCAACCUCGUUGUAGAAGGAAAUGAAACUGCCUUGGAAGAUGAUCCUUUAGGAAUUUGGAGCUGGCUUAGAAUGGAACUUCUGAAAGCAAGAGAAAAAGAUUUGAAGGUUUACCUUAUUAUGUCUGUACCACCUGGAGUCUUUGAAAGUGGUCUUGCAAUACCUGGAAUCCACUGGUUUCACCAAAAACAUAAUAGGAAAUAUAUUGUAAUGGUUCGAGAAUUCCGUGAUAUCAUAAUGGGUCAGUUUGCAGGUCACCAUCAUACAGAUACGUUCAGAGUUUUUUACAACAAAAAUGUGAUGCCUGAUUUUGAGAGCAGGGGCCCUACAAAAUCAAUUCCAAAAACUUCAAAUAUUUGUGAACUUUCUCUUUAUCAGCUGGUAGUGGCACUUCUAUCAGUUGGCCAGUGA